CAUUAAUAAUUUUUAACAAUGUAAUUGAAUUUGAAGUUUAUAAGCCAUUUUUAAUAUUAUUUUAAAUACAUUAAAUUUAUUAAAGUAAUAAAUCUGUUUAAAAUGACUUCAUUUACGAACAAUUCUGUUUUGAAUUUGUUAAGAAAUCUUCCUAGGUUGUCUAUUUCUAAUCUUAAAAAUAACGCCGGUGCUACUAGAAAGAAUAAACGUGGCCGAGCUCAACAUGGUGGUGACAAGCAUGGUCAUGGUAAUAAAGGAUCAAAAGCUAGGCAAAAUUUUAUGAGGCCUGGUUAUGAAACAGGAAAUACACCAUUUUAUUUGAAAUUUCCUAGGGAACAAUAUUACAAAAACCAUGAAAUAAGACGACAAUAUCCUCCACUUUCAUUGAACAGUUUACAAAAAAUGAUAGACUUGAAUCGUAUAGAUAUUAGAAAACCAAUUGAUUUAUCAGUGUUGUGUAAUAGCGGUUUAUACAAUAUAAAUCCCGAAGAGAAGCAUUUUGGAGUAAAUUUGACAGAUGAAGGUGCUGAUAAUUUCAAAGCAAAAAUUAACAUAGAAGUUCAGUGGGCCAAUGAACCGACAAUUGCUGCAAUAGAAAGAAAUGGUGGAGUAAUUACAACAUCCUUUUAUGAUAUAAAUAGCUUAUUUAUAUUGAUUAAUCCAAAGGCAUUCUUUCAAAGAGGCGAAGCAAUUCCAAGACGAAUGAUACCUCCUGAAGAUGCCAUUCUUUAUUAUACAAGUGCUACAAAUCGAGGUUAUUUAGCAGAUCCUGAAAAAAUAUCUUGGGAACGAUUUGUAUUAGCUCAAAAGUAUGGUUAUACACUUCCAAAAAUAGAAGAUGAUCUAGAUUAUGAAAUGCUUACAACAAGAAAAGAUCAAAGACAAAUAUUUUAUGGACUUGAACCAGGCUGGGUUGUUAAUCUUAUAGAUAAAGUUAUUCUUAAACCUACUGAUCCUGAACUUAUAAAAUUUUAUAAAAGUUAAAAUAAAUGUUGUCAAUGUAGUA